AUGACGCAUUUCUCAGUUUUUUGCCUGAGGGUGAAGGUUCUACUUGAUAAACCUUUAAGUAUCUCAAAUAAUCCCCAGCUUCACGCGCUUGCUAAUGAAAUGAAAUUGGAAUAUGACAAGUAUUUGUCAGAGUCUAAUACAUUGAUUUCUAUUGGUGCAGUCCUUGAUCCAAGGUAUAAGAUGAUCUUUAUCAAAUGGGUAUAUUCCUUCUUGUAUCCAAAUCCUUCUCAAGCAACUACCUAUAAACAUGAAUUAUCAAACAACUUAAGUUCCCUCUUCCAAUUGUAUCAAGAUACAUAUGGAACCAACGAUGAGAUUACCUCUGCUGGUGGUGUAUCUGAAAGUCCAGAAUUAGAAUAUAUUUCUGGGUCGAGAAGGAGGAAUUUUGAGAGGUUUUCAGAAACUGUUGUGGCUGCUGAUUCCCAAAACAUUGUUAUACUUUUGUUUUGCUUUUCUCUUUGGAAUUUCUUGGUGAAUCACUUGUGUUUAAUAUUGGUGUUGUGUUUGAAGCAUAUAGGGGUUGGGUUUUAUUGUGGUAUUCUGAAAAAUAUAGCUAAAACGGGGUCGCUUUGUUGUGUGGCUUCACGGCCACAUGGAUCAAGUGCUGACAGUAGGGACUGGUCAUUGGGCUCACACGAGCCCUACUGGAGAACUAACACAAGCUAUUCGCCACCUCCGUCGAGGUGGGAUUUCAGAUUCCAGUCUGAAGGGCUGCCUUAUAAUUUGAAUGAUCAGCUCUUUGAUGGGUCCUCUACAUCGUCAGAUGGUAAAGAAAGUAUGACUUUGGUCAGAGGCAACCACCUAUAUGAUCUUCACUAUUCUGCUUCAGAUGGAACUGGAAUUUUUGCUAGCAAUUGUUCGUCGGAACUUUUGCAGGGUCCUCAGUGGGUGCCUCCAGCAAUGCAAGAAAUAAGUUUUGAUGAUUAUGAGGCUGUGAUCAGAAAAGAUCCCCGUCCUUCGUCAGGCCGAAUAUCUCUUACACCUGCUAAGGAGGAAACUUCCGAAAAUCCCAACAAUAGAGGCUCCACUUCAACCCAAUCAGAAAGUAGCGAGUCUGAGUCUACUUCAAGUUCCCGAUUAUCCUCUCGGAGGAAUUUCUCUAAUCACCGUUCUUUCAUCUCUAAACCUAUUCAUCCUUUGUCAUUUCCAGACCUAACAACUACUAGGGAUGCUUUUGAUCCUGCUGCUCCAGAUUAUACAAGGUUUGAUACUUCUAAUUCACUCAGAGGCAGCCGCCGCUCAAGUAAUGUCAGUAGUAGUCAGGAUUCUGCAGAUGUUACCGAGUCAUUUGAAUUAGAAACACCUGCUUAUCCAUAUACUCAUUCAGUUGGAUUUAGAUGCGGCUUGUGUGAAAGAUAUCUAUCGCAAAGAUCACCUUGGAGUUUGCGCCGUAUUGUGAGAAGCGGAGACAUGCCUGCAGCUGGGGUUCUUCCUUGUUGUCAUGUUUUUCAUGCUGAAUGUUUGGAGCAGACAACGCCAAAGACAAGGAAAAUUGAACCACCUUGCCCUGUGUGUGUCAAAUUAGAGGAGCAAUAUUCUCCUGAUCAACGAGGUGUUUUAAGAUCGAGAAAUGGUUUUCCUAAGUUUAAACCAGUUUCUGAGGACGGACCCUCAAGAACACGAGACUGUGCACAGGAAGGUGAUUGUGUCGGAGGAGCUCUACCGCCACACAAUGCCAUGUUCCUACUAAAUCGAAAUCGCAUCAUAAAAAACAUUCCUGUGAGGGGUAAUUUAAGCAAGGAAUUUCCAGGCAAGGUGAAGAAAACUGAGGGCUAUUCUUCACAACUGUUUACUGGCAGCUCAGCUGAUCUAGAAGUUGGUGUUUCCUCGAAGGAAAAAGCCGGCCCGAGUAUUGAAAGUUAA